AUGAAAAUCUUGAGUGUUCUUGGCUCCCCAAAUACCGAAAUGUCCGAGUCCACAUCAGAUAAGGAAACCUCAUCAGAUAUAUCGUUUGAACCAGAAAUUUCGAAGGAAGCAGUCAAAUCGAUAGAGUUGGCAAGCAGUCUUGGUGUUGCUGGAAAUGAUGAAAAUGUGAGCUCCUUCAAAGAAGAAAUGUCCCCUGCUGAAAUGGUACUAGAGGAUACAGAGUUUUACCUGUUGGAUCCAAAUCAGGCAGUGUUUGACACACUGAUGUUUCGUGGAUCAAUUGAGAAUGGAAGAGAAAUUAACCCUUUUUCCUUAGACUUGUCGUUGAAUAUUUUUGCGCAAGAGCACCUCGAGUUUGAGUUUGAGUUUGAGUCAAGCAGGGUAGAGGGGAAAGGUACGCAGAAGGUGGAUGAACUGGCCAGGGUUCCGUUGUGUAUCGCGGAGAGAGAAUUAAAAGCUGGAGAUAUCCCGGAUGUUAGCUUUGAUACAUUGGAAUUAGAUGUUGACUCCAUGUAUCUGCGAAUCCGGUACCUUUUAGUUGAAAAAGAAUGCUAUGAGCUUUUGAUUGAGAGACAGAAAAGAUGGAAUUCAGAAUUGAAGAAAAAAGUAAUGAAGUAUGACGAUCGGAUCUUUGCUCCAAUCGUAAACGAGCUGUUUUCUGAUGAGUAG